AUGAUUUCUAAAAAACUAUAUGAUCUUUUUGGAAAUUCAGAUAAUUUGUUUCCAUGUUCAGGAUUGUCAGCUUCAGUUGCGGGUUUAAUCAAAGAUCAAUCUAUUGGAACAAUGGAUAUUUCUAAAUUUAUAACAAAAAAUUUGCCAAAUAAGAAUAACAAAAAUCAACGUAAUGCAGGAAGCAACAUGGAUAAUCUAUGGCUUGAUGUUGGGAAAAUUCUCCAAGAAAAGAUGAUUAAUACAGGAACAAAUAUUCGACUUGUAUCAUGUGAUGGUAUUCAAAUUAAUAAUGUCAUGAACAAUAGUCCUUCUUUGAAUCAAAAUGUAGAUGAGCAUCAAGGGAUAGAUGAAUUUUCAGAGAUCUGGUAUCUUCCUUAUUCUUUACAUUUCUUCUCUACUCAUCUAAGGUUCAUUUCUUAA